AGUCGUCUCCUUCCUCACGUUUCAGUUGUAACAGCGGGCUUUAACCUCUUUAUAAAGCCUGUCUUGGUCAAGAGCCUGCCUGUGCACAGCAACAGAGCUGUGCGGUGUAGUUUAAGAACAUUAUCCCCUUUUAAUCCACUUUGCCUUCUGCCACAUGCAGGUGGACAGAGAGGCAGAUGGGGCUGGGUGACACAAUCAAACACCCGCUGCCAUACUUAAUUGCUCUGGGUGAUUCUUCUUUUGAGACUAAAUCUUUUUUUUUCCAAGGAACUCGCUGUAAACGUUGAGGGUGGACUAUCUUCAGUUCUAAAACUGUUAUCUUAUUAAUCUACUGGUUACUUUGCAUUUAGCUGUGAGUUUUCUCUGAGGCAUGGAAGACCCUGACAUACGACAACAGAAGCUGGGCAAUCAGAGGGCUCUUUUGUUGAAAAAGCAGCAAAAGAAAAGAUCUGACACGCAAAUGGUUGUGGCCAAUCGGGAUACACGCCAAAAGAAUCGAAAACACAAAGCCAUCAGCUCCGAAGAGACACCUCUUUUGAUCUGCCAGUCACUGAGCAAUACCUCGCUGAGUGAUCAAGUUGAACAUGCCCAUGAUAACCCCCUGGAUGAGAUCACUCUGGGUGAGGAUGACAUGACAUCGAGCUUGUUGUCAGAUGAGAUGCCCUCAGAGAAACCCUGUACCCCCAAAAAGAUGAACUUGGUGGUUGACAGUGAGCCUGAGGUGACACUUGACAGAGAGAAUGAAGCAUCAACGGAAGGGAAAAAGACAAAGAAGAAAGAUAUGAAAAAAGAGAAAGGCAAAUAUGCUGAACAGCUGGAGGAGAAGGGGCAAGAAAAGGAGAAAGACACGGAGAAAAAGGAGAAAAAAAUCAAGAAGAAGGACAAAGUUAAAGAAUCUCUCGAUGUUCAGAAGACAAACAAAACUACCAAACAGGAGCAUAAAAAAAAACAUUUACAGGAAACCAUAAACAGUGAGACAGAAUCUAUGGUGGAGAAGCCAUCUCCAAAGAACAACUGUGCUAACAGUGACAAUGAAGAGGACAAGGAGCUCCAUGUUUCUCCUUUACUUAUGAAGAAAAACCCACUGGAUACAUCCAGGUGUCAAAUAAGUGAUGAGAGCAAAGAUGAUGAAAUCCAAGAUAAGGAAAAGAAAGGAAAAAAGUCAAAGAAAGCCGAGAAAACUACUCAGAGUCUUGCAUCGCUCAACUCCAACUACAAAGAAACUUCGUCCUCAGACGGUGAAAAUAUUGAAAGAUCAACAUCUCCGGUGUCGGUGGAGGAUCUUGAAAAGUUUGCCUUACGUCCUGCUCCCAGAGAUGUGACGAUCCAGUGCAGGGUGACCAGGGACAGGAGAGGAAUGGAGAAGGGAAUCUAUCCCACCUACUACUUGCACAUGGAAAAAGAAGAUGGGAAAAGGGUUUUUCUGAUGGCUGGAAGAAAAAGGAAGAAGUGCAAAACAUCCAAUUAUCUCAUCUCCACUGACCCUACAGACCUAUCCAGAGAUACAACCUCCUACAUUGGUAAACUGAGGUCCAAUGUCCUUGGUACAAAGUUUACGGUCUAUGAUGGGGGUGAAAACCCAGAAAAGAAACCAUUUAUCAAGGAGAGUGAAUCAGUGCGGCAGGAACUGGCCGCCAUAUGCUAUGAGACAAACGUCCUGGGCUUCAAGGGUCCAAGAAAGAUGACCGUGAUCAUCCCGGGUAUGCUGGAGAAUGACGAACGAGUGUCAAUACGUCCAAAAGAAGAGAGUGAAACACUCCUGACACGCCAUGCAACAGGUAAAACAGACAAGCUGGUUACACUGGUGAACAAAUCCCCGAGCUGGAAUGAACAGACUCAGUCGUACGUUUUAAACUUUCACGGACGCGUCACACAGGCCUCUGUGAAAAACUUCCAGAUUAUCCAUCCUGACAACGAUGAUUACAUCGUGAUGCAGUUUGGUCGUGUGGCAGAAGACGUCUUCUCUAUGGAUUACAGUUUCCCCAUGUGUGCCCUGCAAGCCUUUGCCAUCACUCUGUCAUCCUUUGAUGGCAAACUGGCCUGUGAGUGACACAUGGCGGUGUGCCUCAAGUGCUUAACUUUAACUAAAACUCUGGUCUACAAAUGAAAUUUGAAUAAACAUUUUAAACACAUAAUUUGAGGGUCACUUUCAUUACACUUAGAAUACACUGAAGAUGGAAAAAAAUAAUAAAAAGAAUGCCUUUAGCAGAGAAAAGUUGUUUAGGUCUUGUUAUUUUUGCAACUGAUUUUUACAACCCCCAAAACAGAGCCACCAUGCAUAA